ACAAAAAAACAAGCGGAAAAUUAAGUGUCACAUUACGAAAUUUUCUGCUGUGCAAGUGUUUGAGAAAUUUGACUAUUCUGCUAACUUUAGAAAAAAGUUAGCGGAGCAAUGCAAGUUAAAUGUGCAAAAUCAAUAAAUAAUUUUCGUAAUGUGGCAUUCCAUUAGUACUUAAUUUUCCUCUUAAUGUUUUUUUUUUCUGUUUAUAUUGCUCUGCUAACUUUAGUCACAUCCUACCACAUGUCUAUACUCAUAGAUUUAAUCCAAUCCUGUGAUCCGAAUAAUUCAUUCAGUUUCCGAAUGAUACUGAACGUGAUUUGGUUUACUCUCCUAACAUUGAGAUCAUGAUCGGUUUACCGUUGAUUUAUGAUCGGAUUGACCCGAUCGUUGUUUCCUAAAAUUUUAAAUUAGAAAAAAGAAGAAGCAUACUAAUAAUAAUAGUUAUAUUACCUUAACGACUUAAAUGAAUGAAUAUUUUUGUUUAUGAUGCAGAGACGAGUAGUUGUAACAGGAAUUGGCGUAGUAUCACCUGUAGGAACGGGAAUAAAAGAGGUAUGGAAAAAUAUUGUAGCUGGAAAAUCAGGAAUAUCAAAACUAGAAGGCUCGGGUUAUGAUUCCUUACCAUGUAAAAUUGGCGGUUAUGCCAAAGAAAAUAACCGUAGAAUAAACUUACUCAAUUACUUUAGUCAGCCAGAGUUAAGAUCUAUGGCUCCCGCAACAGGUUUUGCUUUGAUAAGUACUAAGCAAGCCCUGGAAGACGCAAAGUUAGAUAAAAUGGAUGAUUCAACUAAAAAUGUUACGGGUGUAGCUGUAGGAAUGGGUAUGAUAGACUUGGAAGAUAUAUGUAAUACUUAUGAUGCCUUAAAAAAGGGUUACCAUCAUGUAAGUCCAUUUUUUGUUCCACGUAUUUUACCUAAUAUGGCAGCAGGACAAAUUAGCAUCAGAUAUGGCUUAAGAGGGCCUAAUCAUUCAGUUUCUACAGCAUGUGCAACUGGAGUACAUGCUAUUGGAGAUUCAUUUCGCUUCAUACGAAAUGGAGAUGCUGAAAUUAUGAUAUGUGGUGGGACAGAAAGUUGUAUAUCUCCCAUGUCAAUUGCAGGCUUUUCUAGGCUAAGAGCUUUAAGUACUUCUUUUAAUGAAGAUCCGGAAAAAGCCUCAAGACCUUUUGAUAAGUUGAGAGAAGGAUUUGUCAUGGGAGAAGGAAGUGCUAUAUUAAUAUUAGAGGAGUUGCAACAUGCUUUAAACAGAAAUGCUUACAUUUAUGCUGAAGUUUUAGGUUAUGGACUGUCGGGGGAUGCAUCUCACUUAACUGCGCCUCGAUCUGAUGGAACUGGAGCAUGUUCUGCAAUGGAGAGAGCAGUGAAAGACUCAAAAAUACUCGUAGACCAAAUAACUUAUAUUAAUGCACAUGCCACCUCAACUCCUAUAGGAGAUGCUAUAGAGAUAAAAGCAAUCAAGAAAUUAUUUGCUUUUUAUUGUAAAAACAUUGCUGUAUCAUCUACUAAAGGAGCACAUGGGCACUUGUUAGGUGCUGCUGGAAAUUUAGAAGCUGCUUUAACUAUAAAAGCAAUUGAUGAUGGUAUUUUACCACCUACUAUAAAUUUAGAAAAUGUAGAAGAUAAUGAAAUUAAUUUUGUACCUAAUAUUAGCCAAGAAUGGCAAAAAUGCAAUCGAAGGAUUGCUUUGAAAAAUGCUUUUGGGUUUGGGGGAACAAAUGCUAGUUUAUGUUUUGGGCAAUAUUUAGAUAAGUAAUAAAGUGCAUAUAAAAGAA